AGUGCUAUGCCCAACAGGAUGGCUGGUGGAUGGAAGAAAUGUUUGUUUUUGAUUGGAUUCAGUCUCAUCUGUCUUAAACAGGUUGUUUCAGCCAAAACAGCUCCCCAAAUACCCACUAUUGAUCAAGCAUAUUCAAAAAUCAGCAACAGUAUCACUGUGGAAUGGGCUACAGUGCCAGGGGCCACCAGUUACCUGCUCACAGCUGAAGAUGGGGACACAGUCAUUGAAACCAUGGUGGCCAAUUCCCCAGGCACUGUAACAGGCCUGAAGGCUGCGACCUUGUACCAAAUCACCAUCAGAUCCAUCAGUGCUGCUGGCAGAAGCCAGGCAUCACCUCCAAAGCAGGCAAAGACAGUGUUGGCUGCACCAAUUCUGGAAGUAAGCUCUCCAAGUCCAGACUCUAUCCUUGUGCAGUGGGAAGCUGUAUAUAUGGCAAUCGGAUUCUCUGUGUCCAUUAUGCAAGCCAAUGGCUUAGGUAGAAUUUGGAAGGAGAAUACUACAAAUACCUCCUUGACCUUCAGCAGUCUAGAUGCCGGGACUCUCUACACCAUAAAAGCCUAUGCAUGGAACGCUAAUGGAAUCCCUGGGGAUGACUCCACCUGCAAUCAGAGAACAAGUCCUCGUGCUCCUGCCAACAUUCAAGUCUCUUUUGACAGUGGGGCUCUGAAGGCAUCUGUUUCAUGGACACCGACAGAAGGAGCCUUCAACUAUACUGUGAUGGCUUUGAGUGGUUCUUCUGAGCGGAGCUGCAGUACAACUUUCAGUUCCUGCAGCAUCUCUUCCCUCCAGUGUGGAACUGAGUACCUGAUUUCCGUUUUAGCAAGUAAUGAUGCUGGAUCUAGCAAGUCCUCUUCAGCAGGGACCCUGAAGACAGUGGCUUGUGCACCUGGAAGAGUGAUGAUCCAAGAAGAUCCCCCUGGCCAUCUGUCUGUGGCUUGGUCCAAUGUAGAUCUGGGUGAUUACUACGUGGCUUUUGUGAAGAGUGAUGAUGGCUGGGAAGUACACUGUAAUACAUCCACCACCCAGUGCAGCUUCUUAUCUGAGUGUGGCUUCACUUACUUUAUUAGUGUUUUUGCCUAUAACAAGGCAGGGCAGAGUCCUUUGGGUGAUGUAUUCAAUUAUACAACAGCUCCCUGUUGUCCUAGUGACAUUAACCCAGUGCUGGUGUCCAGCGAGAGAGUAGAGAUGGUCUGGUCUCCUGUCCGUGGUGCCGAACUCUACGAAACCAAGGCUGUGGCUGGGUCCAACGUGGUAGAGUGCAACGACACUGCCCCUGCUUGCACUCUCUCAGCUCUGGAGUGUGACACCAAGUACAGCAUCACAGUAUAUUCCUUCAGUGAAGUCCGGGGCAUCAAUAUGUCAUGCCGUUCACGCUUUAUCACCACAGGUCCUUGCAGUCCUGAAAUAAUAAAUAUUUCCAAGGAUGCCUUCUCCAUGAUUCAUGUGCACUGGCGAUCCACCAACGACGAUGCCACUUACACAGUGACUGCCCAGGGGGAGAAGGGACUGUAUCAAUGCAGCAGCACAGGAGAGUCCUGUACCCUGGGAGACCUGCCCUGUGGCUCAGUGUUCUCCGUCACUGCUGUGGCCGAAACACAGGCAGGAUGGAGUCUGCCCAGCUACAGCAUGCCCCUGGAAACAGUGCCAUGCUGUCCAACUGGUAUGACUGUAACUCAGGUCACCCAAUCAGUAAUCAAUGUGAGCUGGGCUAUUGGGAUGGCAGCUCAAACCUACGUGACAGUUCUGGAAUCACACAUUGGACAGUCUAAGUGUCAUACCCAUCAAAGUCACUGCCUCCUGGGGUGCAUCACAUGUGGCAUCAACUACACAGUAGCAUUAAAAGCAAUUAGUGCCACUGGGUUGACUGCAGACUGUGCCUACCAAAGUUAUUCCUCUAAUGCCUGCUGCCCUUUGGGGGUGAAAUUAUAUAGGCUGGGGCCUAAUGGCAUCCGGAUCUACUGGCAAGCCUCCAGGGGUUCUGCCAACUACAGCACUGACCUCUAUGGCUCCAAAGGCAUUUUCACAUGCACCCCAAGUGCUGGCUUGAGUUUUUGUGAUGUUACUGAAAUACCCUGCGGGGAUGUAUAUACUGUGGUGGUCUCACCGGUUGCUGAAACAGGACUGAAGCUUACUUUUUGCCCCAAAAAAAUAUAUUCAGUAACCUGCUCUGGAAGUACCCUUGGAAUGGUGAUUUACAGAGGGAAAAGGAAUGCAGAAUGAUACAGUAAGUCCCAGAUAAAAACAGAGACUUGACCAACGUUGUUUCAACUGUUAGAGAUGGAAAAGAUCUAUUAGAAUAUUAAAUUCCUCUAGGAUAGAUAAAGCUCUUCUGGCCUUUACAAAAGUAACUCUGACUGCUUCCUGAGGGCAAGGU